UAUUUAAAAAAUAAUUAGUUUCAUUACUAGUUACGUUACUUUUUUCUGUACAUCCAUUAAAUUUACAUGAAAAAAAGUAAGUUUUGUGUCUCCUAGCCACAACAUCCCAGCAUAAACGCUCCCAAUAAAUAUUUGUUAUUAAAGCACCAACAUUCACAAACCACUUUUAUUUUUAACUAAAUGCAAGCAUAGGCUGCUGCGUACAUGGUUUGGCAGAAUGCCAGAAAAGGGCACUCCCUUUAUCUCAGUAUAUCGCAGUCUCACAAAGCUCUGUUAUAACACAAUAAAUACAGUAUAUGCAUAAUGAAUCUUUCAUAAUGUCUACAAUUUGUGCGUGAUAUUGAGAGGAUUCGUGAGCAUGCAAAUUUCAGCACUGGACAGGAACUCCAGCGUUUUGAGCGGUGAGUGGAUUCUGACACCUCUGAUUGGCCAUUGCGUUCCAGAAAUCAACAUUACUCAACGCUGCAAACACAUAUUAUAAAUAGAAACUCUGCCUAUGCUGGAGCCUGUUAAUCGUUUUUAUGUUAUAUUAGUUAUUCUUGUUGCCUUUGUGCAGUAAAUGAAUAUCAAUUUAUUUGUUUUUAGAUAUUUUAUGUUUAGAUAUUUCUAUUUGCAGGAGUGCCGUGAAUCAUUUUAUUCUCCUGCAUCCCGCACACACACACGAGUCUAUAAGGAACUCACCCAUCAAGUCUCGACGGUGGAAUUGGUGCAUUGCUCUCCACGCCCGGUUCUUUCUCCAGAAGUUUUGCCAUGGUGUGCUGCCCUUUCAGCUGUUUUAAAUUGGAGUUUUUCGCAGUUGAUUCUGUCGGCAAUGAUGUAACGCAGCGGUAACGCACAGAGACCUCGGCAUGGAACUAAUCUAAUGACUAUUUUGGAAAUUAUAACGCGUUAAAUUACUCCGUUACUAAAAAAGUAAUGAAAUUACAUUAACGCGUUACUGCCCAACACUGUUAGCUAAUCAGUAACUAUUAUUUUUUCAUAUCUCAUAGAGAACUAUACCGAUAACUACUUAUUACAAGUUCAUAGUAAAUGUGAAUAAUGCAAAAUGUAUAAUUAAUUCUAAAGUGAAGAUCAUGGUAACCCACUAGUAAUUGUUACGGGGCAAACGAGACGAGAGACGUGCGAACUUUAUUCACAAAGGCGUGGUUAGGAAACAAGCAAGGGUCAAACAAUGGCAAACAGGUAUAUCACAGGCAGGGCAAAGAGUCAUCAAAAAUGGGCAUGAGUCAGUCGACAGCGAAUAAAUGCAAACAAUGCUCGGCAGUGAAAGAGAGGAAGUCCGUGGCUUAUGUAAGGUGUGUGAUUGGCUGCACCUGAGUGCGUGUAACGAGUGCAAUGGAUUGUGGGAACUGAAGUCCGGAGUGACAUGUAAAAGUCUGUGUGGUGUGAGAGUCAAUGUAAAGUGAAGACGACAUCUGGUGGUGAGUAACUGGAAGUGCGUGGCCAGGAUUCGUGACAGUAAUGACUCAAGUAUUGCCAAAUUCUUCAGAAGGAAUUACUAAUUAUUUGGAUUAGUAUUCUAAAGUGAAGAUCAUGAUAACUCCCUAGUAAUUCCACCUCCCAUUUUCACCUCCCUUGCCUCCCCUGACGAGCCGCCACUGCACACAAGUUAUAUCUCAACACGAGUGAAAUAGCUGGUGAAAUAGCAAAGAAAAAAUUAAGGUGAAAAUAGGCAUAAAACAUUACAAAUCAACAUGACAUGAACUGUUUGACAGGUGAUUCACAGGAGCUGAGGAUUGUGCUGUUGGGAGUCUGUGGAGCUGGAAAGAGCCCAAUAGGAAACAUAAUUCUGGGUCGAGAAACAUUUAAAGAAAGCAGAACCAGAAAGAGUGAGAUACAGAGAGGUAGCGUAAAAGACAGAAACAUCUCCAUCAUUGACACUCCAGGAUUCUUCAACACUAAACUGACUGAUGAAGAGCUGCAGAAUGAAAUGAUAAAGAGUCUUUAUCUUGCUUAUCCUUGCCCUCAUGUGUUUCUUCUCAUCAUCAACUUGGAGAGCUUCAGAGAUGAUGAGAGGAAACUUCUGGAGCAAAUUCAGGAGAACUUUGGAGCUCAAGCUUUGAACUUCACCCUGGUUUUGUUUACUGGAAGAGAAAAAAUAUCAAACAAAGAAUGGAUGGACUUAAAGUUUAGUAGUAAAUUUCAGGAGCUAAUGAGUCAAUGUAGAGAUAAAUAUCAUGUGAUCAACAGUAAGAGAGCGAUUGAUCCAACACAAAUCACUGAACUUCUAGAGAAGAUUGAUGAACUCAUCAAACAGAAUAAUCACCAGCAUUAUGACAAUGAUUCUUCCCUAAAGUCUUAUUUAGUAAAGACCAGAAAAAAAAAGAAAAACCAUGAGAAAGUAAAGGAUUACAGAAAAAAUGCGCAAGAGAAAGAGAUAAAAAAAGAACAAUUAAAAAUAACAGAGACUUGUAAAAUGCAAGUUGUAAAGGAAAAGAGCACAACAAAUGUUGUGAAUGAAAAGUUUUAUUACUCAUGAGACAAAAACU